UCUGAUUGGUCAGUGCGGGAUUUCAAACCCGAGCUGGCGGCUGGCUGCUGUUCUUCCGUUGGGAGUCGUGCAGGAGUCCGGGUGACCGCGGCCGGGCCUCGGGGACCCGGUGAAGCCGGCGCCGGAGGCUGAGCGGAGAGAAGGAUGGAUACUACUAUGCUGAAUUUGCGGAAUUUGUUUGAGCAGCUUGUACACCAGGCGGAGAUUCUCAGUGAAGGAAAUGAACUGCAAUUCAUGCAGUUGGCAAAGAACUUUGAGGAUUUCCGUAAAAAGUGGCAGAGGAUAGACCACGAACUGGGAAAAUACAAGGACCUUUUGAUGAAAGCAGAGACUGAGCGUAGUGCUCUGGAUGUUAAAUUGAAGCACGCACGCAAUCAAGUGGACGUAGAGAUCAAACGGAGACAGCGAGCUGAAGCUGACUGUGAAAAGCUGGAAAGACAGAUUCAGCUGAUUCGAGAGAUGCUCACGUGUGACACAUCUGGCAGCAUUCAACUAAGCGAGGAACAGAAAUCAGCCCUGGGUUUCCUCAACAGAGGCCAACCAUCCAACGGCAAUGCUGGGAACAAAAGACUGUCAACCAUUGAUGAGUCCGGUUCCAUUUUAUCAGAUAUCAGCUUUGACAAGACUGACGAAUCACUGGAAUGGGACUCUUCUUUGAUAAAGACCUUCAAACUGAAGAAAAGAGAAAAAAGGCGCUCUAGCCGGCAGUUUACUGAUGGUCCACCUGGGCCUGCAAAGAAAACCCGUUCCAUUGGUUCCACAGUAGACCAGGGGAACGAAUCCAUAGUGGCAAAAACCACAGUGACUGUUCCUAACGAUGGUGGACCCAUUGAAGCAGUGUCCACCAUUGAAACUGUACCAUAUUGGACCAGGAGCCGAAGGAAAGGACCAGGUACUUUACAACCUUGGAACAGUGACUCCACCUUAAGCAGCAGGCAACUGGAGCCAAGACCUGAGACUGACAGCUCCAGCACGCCGCAGAAUAACGGAGGGAUGCGCCUCCAUGACUUCGUCUCCAAGACGGUUAUUAAGCCUGAAUCUUGCGUCCCAUGUGGAAAGCGGAUAAAAUUUGGCAAACUGUCUUUGAAGUGUCGAGACUGUCGUGUUGUCUCUCAUCCAGAAUGUCGGGACCGGUGUCCCCUUCCCUGCAUUCCUACACUGACUGGAACACCUGUCAAGAUUGGAGAGGGCAUGCUGGCAGAUUAUGUGUCCCAUACUGCUCCAAUGAUCCCCUCCAUAGUUGUCCAUUGUGUAAAUGAGAUUGAGCAGAGAGGGCUGACGGAGACAGGCUUAUAUCGGAUCUCGGGCUGUGACAGGACAGUAAAAGAACUGAAAGAGAAAUUUCUCAGAGUGAAAACUGUACCGCUGCUCAGCAAGGUGGAUGACGUCCAUGCAGUCUGUAGUCUCCUGAAAGACUUCCUUCGGAACCUCAAAGAACCCCUUCUUACCUUUCGGCUGAACAAGACCUUUAUGGAAGCUGCAGAACUCACAGAUGAGGACAACAGCAUAGCUGCCAUGUACCAGGCAGUUGGUGAGCUGCCCCAGGCCAACAGGGACACAUUAGCUUUCCUCAUGAUUCACUUGCAGAGAGUGGCUCAGAGCCCAGACACUAAAAUGGAUGUUGCCAAUCUGGCUAAAGUCUUUGGCCCUACAAUAGUUGCCCAUGCUGUGCCUAAUCCAGAUCCAGUGGCAAUGUUACAGGACAUCAAGCGGCAACCUAAGGUGGUUGAGCGCCUUCUUUCACUGCCCCUAGAAUACUGGAGUCAGUUUAUGAUGGUGGAACAAGAGAAUAUUGACCCAAUGCAUGUAAUUGAAAACACAAAUGCCUUUUCAACACCACAGACGCCAGAUGUUAAAGUGAGUUUACUGGGGCCGCUGACCACUCCUGAACAUCAGCUUAUCAAGACGCCUUCAUCCAGCUCCCUGUCACAGAGAGUCCGCUCCACUCUCACGAAGAACACCCCCAGAUUUGGAACCAAAAGCAAGUCCGCCACCAACUUAGGACAAGGCAAAUUUUUUGCUUCUCCGUUGCUUAAGUGAAGUCACGUCUCCUGCUAGUUCCCAGCGCUUACUGAUGGCAAGGACGGGCGCACCUGUACUCUCUGCUCUGCAGCCGCCUGUACUCAUCACUACUUUUAGCAUUCUCCAGGCUUUUAAUCAAGUCUAAUUGUGCAUGGGGGUUUUAUUAUAACUAUAUAUAUCUGCCUCCUCCCUAACUCAUGUAAUAGCAACACCUUGUACUAUCUUUGUGGGGAUCUCUCUGGGAGAUCUUUACAGGGUAAGAUGGGUAGUAUGAAUUUUGUUGUGAUUCUUUUUAGGCUAGGGGCCAUAUUUUUUGGCUUUAAGCCAGAUACUGUUCAUGGGAUGACCUUUCUCUGGUACUUAGAACUAAUUUCCAUGACACAAGCUCUGCGUCUUUAGUAAGAUCGACUGUUCUCAGAGUAGGAGGUGGAAAGGCAGAGUAGAGAAGUUUGGACAGAGAAAUUAGAAUGACUGCUGAGAAUAUAGAAGUUCUCUUUCCUCCAUUAUAAAACAAUCUGUAACUUGGAACCUUCAUUUAAAAAAAAACUAAAAAAAAAAAAAGGA